AUGUCUGGCCGUACCGCCCGCGUUUCUCCAGUUGCUGCCGAUGCCGCUGCGACCACUUCGACAGCAUCUAAGCCUAGAUCCCGUCCAUCCCGAAGGCGCGAGCUUGAGGACAUGGACGUAGACUCUCAGGAAGGUAGUCUCUCCGACGAUUCGGAUGGAUUAGCUGGCCCAAGUCAGAUUGAUCCUCCAUUGGAGGAGGUCGACGACCAAAACCCUUUCGCGUCGGAAUCUGACGAAGACGAUGAGAAAUGGACAAGCGGAGAUGCCCAUGAUACCUUCGACGUCGAUUUAAACGUCGACGGGACUGUAUACGCGUACCCGCCAAACCACGUCGCACCGAACCCGCUACCUCCGCGUACUUUAACGGUUGAUGAGGAUAUGCUGCUAGCCUCUUACAAUGGUCUUUCCAGGUCUAUGCAGAAAGUCGCCAUGGUUUUCAUGCGACAGCUAAAAAGCAUGGACAAGAGGACAUCGAAACACGUGGAGAAAGCACGACCGCCUCUUACCAUGAUCGAAUGUAGGAAGUCCUUAGAGGUUAAGUACAACAAGUACUGGACUCGAGAAGAUGAGAACGAUCUACUAGACCGGUUUAGUCGCGACCCGAUAAUAGCGAAGUUUGACGCACUAAACGUCAAGAAAAACAAAGAUAUUCUUCCCAUGUGGAAGAUCAUCCGCCGCUUUCUUGGUUGCUUCCCGAUGGACAUCAUCAGUCCGCAGAACCACCUCAGGUACUGGAAGAUUGACGUGGACGAGGAUGAAGAGGUAGACGAAGACCCUAACUGGUCAACGUCCUUCUGUAGAAAGCUCAAGGUGCUCGCGCUUCACCCGGUAUUCGAAUUUAAUCACAAUCUCCUGACGCUGGCGCUGCAGUAUGCGGUGAUCUGCCGCAAGGACUACCGCGGGCCGAUCCCUUGUAAUAAUCCGAUCACUGAUGACUUUUUAGAUAUGUUCUUCGCCCGAAUGUGGGACCAGGACGGUUCUAAGUCAGUGGUGAGGAUCCAUCGGGAAGUCUUCGCAUACUUCGUCCGCCGCCGGAAGCGUCUAGCCAGCGCUAUGUCAGAGUUGAUGCGCCAUAUCGAGAAGCGGGCCUUCAGGAAGAAGAAUGCUCCGUUUAGACCGGCUGAAGUUCCCGUGUUCAAGAUAACCACGCGGGACUUAAAUAUUGUUACCAGAGCCGCCAACGCUACCAGGCCGGCUGGGGUUCCGCGCUUUGCUCUCUCUGUGACCUCGCGCAUUGUGCUCGCCGCCCAGAAGAGUCACGAUGCGCCGAAGACACUGGAGGAGCUUAACGAACUGCGCGAGAAAAUCAUCCUUCGGGAUAGACGUACCGAGAUUAUUGACAAGCGCCGCUCUACUGCUGAAGCUGCUAAAGCUGCUGAGGCUGAUGAGGCUGAUGAGGUUGAAGCACCUAGGCGAAAGAGACGACGGGAAAGGAGUGAUGUGGGAUCGCAUGCCAAGCGCCAACGUGUCGAAGUAGAGGCAGGCGAAGAUGAAAGCUUCGCGCCUAUAUUUUCAGACGACGAAGGUCCUGCUGCCCCUGGUCCUGCCCCUGGUCCUGCUCCCGCCCGUACUCCCGCUGUCACUGUUGACAGCGGCAAUGUCAGACGUAAGCAGUCAGAAUCUAGCGGAUUGGAUAGGCCCAGAAAGCCGAUACAGAAAGCAGCUUCCGCUCCUGUUCCUGCUCGUGGUAGUACAAGGGUGGAAAUAGUUCGUAGCUCCUACAGACCCGAUAAGGGAACCGACGCUACUAGUUCCUCUAACAGUACCGUCCCCAAAGGGUUACGUGUUAACCUUAGUAAAGCCGUUAAGUUUUCCGUUCCGGAUGUUCCGGUGGGUAAGGAAGUCUCCGAGCCGUAUAAAAGUCCUCCUGGUUGUUUGAUUCCUACUCGGUUACUACUCGGACCUGAAAGGAAUGAAUUUUUCGCCACAUUCCAGAAUUAUACCCCGGCCCUAGAAGCAAGAGCGGCGGCCCUCCGAUCGGCUACGAGUGAUCCAGAACCUCGGCCACAAUUCUCGGACGAUAUGGAGGAAGACGAGGAAGACGAAGAUGAGGAAGAUGAAGAUGAGGAAAAAGGCUGGAUGGUGUAG